UGAAGCCUUGUAGAGUUGAGCGGGGGCUCAUCAAACAACCCCAUUCAAGUAGUCACACUGUUCUCAUGUUGUCAUUUGGUAGACUGGUAUUAUAAAGAUGUCAUAAUAGCUGCUUUACGGCAAUAAUUUCAAAUUUCAAAUAAUUUCAGUGUCUCUAUCCUAACUAUGAAGCUACACCCUGCAGUCAGUUAGCUUAGCUUAGCACAAAGACUGGUAGCCUGGCCCUGCCCAGUGGUAAUCCACCUGUUAUUAACAUGUUACAUUGCCUUUGUUUAUCAAAACCACAACCAAAGGGUACCUUAAGAGAACUGAAAUACCUGUCCUUUUCCACAGCUCCACAUUGUCACUUAAUGCACCCACACAUCUCAUUGACACCUCACAUCUGACAAAAACACUGCUGCAUGUUCGUCAGCACUCUUUCCGUCAUUUCCUGCCAUCAGGGCAUGUGCGGGGAAUGUUUCUGUGGAAGUGGGAUGUUAUCAUGUGCCAAUUCUCAUCAGAGGAUUCUAGAGAUCAUACGCAUGUCCAUUAUUGAGUAAUGCCCCAUGGGAGGAAAUCAUUUGGACAGAGUGCAAAUCACUCAAUGAGGACACUAUCACAUGUAUAACAUCACUAUGAACGUGAUAUUUAAUUUUUAGUGUUACAAGUGUUUUCACUUAUCCGAAAAGCACUUAUUUAAAUGAAAAGCACUUGUUCAAGUCAAAGGACAGCCCUGUUUGAAUCAUCAUUUAAUUCCUGGAACAUGAAUGUAGAGCGUUUUGUCUUCCACAGAGUUUCUGUAGUCUCCUGCUGACAUAUUCAUUUUAUCUCUUUUUGUCAUGGGCCUUGCUCCCAGAACAUAUGAGUACUUCUGAUCUGACCUGUGAGCAGCACUUCCCUCUUCCUUUUCCUUUACUUUCUGGCAAUGACAGAGUCAACACACCCCAGUGAACAGAAUCACCUCUAUUUAACCCCGCCAUUUGGCUCACAGAAGCAUAAAGCGUGCAACACUCUGUCAUCCCCGGCAUUCAUCUGUCUCUGUUCUCACCAGUCAUGAAUAUGAUCUGGCUUUGCAUCACAUUGGCGCUGUCAAUUACUUGUGUCAUCUGUGAACAAAAUGUUGACACAAAUCACAUCAGGGUUUUCCCAGCAGUAAACCAAAGUAUUGCUGGAGUGUUCCAGGUUAGCUACUUAAAUGACCUCAAACAGCCUCAGUAUGCCUUCAACGCCUCUGAAGCUCGGGAACUCUGCUCGUCCCUUGGAGUGAACAUUGCCUCAUAUGCACAACUAAAAGAAGCUCUCAAAAGAGGACUGGAAACGUGCAGAUUUGGCUGGAUUGAUGAACAUUUUGCAGUCAUUCCCCGCAACAAACCCCUUUCAAACUGUGGCCAAAAACGGAGGGGCUUGGUGGCAUGGCGAGCGCCUGUUACACAAAAGUUUGAUGUGUUUUGCUUUAAUGAAUCAGAUGCACAGUUGAUGGAUGCAAGAACUGAUGGCCCUUUGAACAGCAAGGAUUUCUCUGGACAAAUUCAGUCUCCCUCUGAGGACGUGAGCUCCACCCAGAACCUGCAGUCUACCUCUUACCCCUCCCCUCUUCCUUCUUCAUCCCUAACGCCUAAAACCAUGGACAGUGAGGCAGAACCAGCCAGGUUUGUUGGCAGCAUACAAGGCUCUUCUGGAGCAAUUGCUAUACUCAUCACCUCAGCCUGCGCCAUUCUCCUCAUUGCAAUAAUCAUCCUUGCAUACAUAAAAAUGCGAAGGAGUUGCGUUCUGAGUUCUGACACAAAACAGCAGCAAGAAUACAUCCAGGCAGAAGAGUGGACAUGUGUGAAGAAUAUAAAGGAAGCCGAGACAGCUGCUCAGGAAGACGAGAGAAUAGAAGUGGAUGACAGUGCAAGUUAAGCACUUAUUAAAGCAGCCCUCUAUGAACUACUACUGAGAAAUGUUCUUUUUCAGGAUGGAGAUAUGUACCUUGUUGUGUGCUUUGUUUGGUAUGAAAGCAAUACAAUGGCCGUAAAAGUGCAUUUGUUUUUGUAUAUGUUGUGCUGUUUGUAUUUUCAGUCAUGUGAUGCUAUUAAAUGCUGAAGUUUAGCCACUAGAUGGCAAUGUUUACAAUACAA